CCUUUCUGCAGACUUCGCAAUCUCGAUACCUACCCGUAGCCUAGCGAGGAUCUCCUUCUCGACACGCACGAUACCCCCCAUCUAGUAUUGCAUCAUGGCCGGACCUACUGUCGUCCUCAUCAGCGGUGUCAGCCAAGGCAUUGGCAAGGCCCUGGCCCAAACCUACCUGCUACGCCCCAACUACACCGUCAUCGGCAGCGUCCGCAACACCGCUAGCGCCGGCGUCGCGGAGCUGAAAGCGUCGCCGAAGGGGCAGGGAUCCAAGCUCAUCUUCAUCCACAUCGAGAACACGUCGCCCGAGGACCCCAAGAAGGCCGCCGAGGAGGUCAAGGCCCAGGGCAUCGACCACGUCGACAUCAUCAUCGCCAACGCCGGCGGCAGCCCGCCGGUCGUGCCCCUCGACGAGGUCGGCCAGGACGACAUGAUCACCGCCUUCCGCACCAACGUCUGCGGCCCCCUGGCCCUGUUCCAGGCCUUCAAGCCGCUGCUGCAGAAGUCCGAGAAGCCUAAAUGGGUCUCCAUCUCCUCCGUCGGCUCCUCCCUGGCCAUCAUGCCGCAGAUGAGGACCGAUCUCACCCCGGCCUACGGCACCUCUAAGGCCGCGUUGAACUGGAUCACCCUUGCCUUCUACUGCGCGAACGAGUGGCUAACCACCCUACACAUACACCCUGGUCUUGUUCAGACGGGCCCCGGCAACUGGGUUGCCCAGCAGAUCGGGCUGGAGAAGGCUCCCUACACGAUCGAGCACAGCGUCGAGCGCAUCACGUCGCUGGUUGACGAGGCUACUCGCGAGAAGUCCUCGGGCAAGCUUAUCAACGCGCCCGAAGGCACCGACAUGCCCUGGUAAGACGAUAGGCCGAUGCGACGGUUCAGGGCGGAUGGAGAUAGGCGCACGGGUUGGGCAAUAUACGCACUCGCUGCAUGUUAGGUCAUGGUCGUUUAUACUACCUCCCUCUUGAAACAGAAUAUAUGCAAAAUUUAUCCCACAGACGAACCAAUGAGAU